AGCUGUCGCGUGUCUUAUUCAGACAGAUAUACCGCUUAGUUUUCAGUCUGAGCAGCAAUCAUGUCCGGCGCAAGGCACUGGGAACAAGAUAAGGAGGCGACAGUAUAUAUUGGAAAUCUCGAUGAACGAGUUACAGAUAAGCUGGUAUGGGAGUUGAUGCUCCAGGCUGGUCGUAUUGUUAACGUGCACCUCCCAAAAGACCGCGUCACGCAAACACACCAAGGCUACGGUUUCGUCGAGUUCAACAGUGAGGAGGAUGCAGAGUAUGCGUCAAGGAUUAUGAACCAAGUCCGUCUAUAUGGCAAGCCUAUUCGAGUUAACAAGGCGUCUGCCGAUAAGCAGAAAACGGUCGAAGUUGGCGCAGAGCUGUUCGUUGGGAAUCUGGACCCCAUGGUCACGGAGCAAGUGUUAUACGAUACGUUCAGUCGAUUUGGAUCAUUGAUAUCUCUUCCUAAAGUUGCCCGAGACGACUCAAACUUGUCCAAAGGCUAUGGGUUCAUAUCGUUUUCCAACUUCGAGGCUUCCGAUGACGCUAUUGCCAAUAUGAAUGGGCAGUAUCUUAUGAAUAAGGAGAUAUCCGUGCAAUACGCCUAUAAGAAGGACGGUAAAGGAGAGAGACACGGUGACGAAGCGGAGCGAAUGCUCGCUGCACAGGCCCGAAAACACAAUGUUCAACCUCAACCGCAACAAUCACUACCUCCUCAAUUCGCCGGUGGUGCAGCUCCUGGACCCAGCGGUGCUAUGAAUGCCGGCGGGCAAAAUGUUCCCUCCACCGUACCGACGCCACCGGUGAUGGAAACCGAACAGCAACGGCCGCCAAUGGGUGUUGGACCAACACCACCAGACUUUGGUGCUGGCAGAGGCAUACCUCCAGUUAUGAACGGGGGAUAUCCGAAUAUGAACAUGGCCGGCCCACUUCCACAUCAUCGUGCACCACAUGCACCGCAUCCACCACCACACCCUCCUCAGCCGCUAGUUACGCCUCCCCCGGGGCUUCCUGCGCGUCCUCCACCAUCUCAAGCUGGCUAUGGCGGGCCUCCUCCAGGGUUCCCCGCCCAACCACCUCGAUUUGGUCAGCCUCAGCCUGCACCUGCAGGCUUCGCUCCGCCGCCUGUAGGAGGACCUCCCGGUCUACCACCUGGAUUCCAGCAACAGGGAUAUGGUCGGGGCCGUUGA